CUCAGCCAAGCCAACAAACAGUUGUUUCGUAAAUCCAGAGCUGAGUGGACUAUGUGAAUUCAUGAGCUCCAAAUCGAAAUCGACAUGGAAGCUGUUAUUCGAAAAUAUAUAUUGUUUCUCUGUACGCUGUUCAUAGUCUUAGAAACCAGAGGUGAGUAUCUUCAGUGCAGAACACCAUUUGGAGCCAUCGGAAAAUGCAAGCCAAUUUCAUAUUGUGAGAGCAUACAUACACUUGCUUUAAAAGCGCCAUUAACACAGAAAGAUAUUAAUUUACUGAUAAGAAGUAAAUGUGGCGAGAUCAACAAAAAUAUUUUAGUAUGCUGCCCUAUGCAGAGUGAUUAUUUGCCCGAAGUAACACAAAAACCUGCAGAAAAAGUUUUGGAAAUCUGCGCGACGCCAUUUGGAGGAAAUGGGCAUUGUAUAAAUAAAAAAGACUGUCCAAUUUUCAAUAUGUUAAAAUUUACUGAAAAAGAAGAAAGGUUGUUAAUUAAUAGCAAAUGUGGAGGGAUAAACAGCGGAAAUAUCUGCUGCCCUCAGCAAAUUCCCGCACGAACAACACCAACACUAAUAAAGCCAUUAAGGAAUAAUUCUACAGUGGAGACUUGUAAAACCCCCCGUGGAGAAAACGGAUAUUGCGAGAAUAUAUAUAAUUGUCCUACCUUAUUUAAUAUUCUUUCAAAGCAAGAAUUUGCAGCCAACGAUCGGACAUUUUUAAUCAAAAGUAUAUGUGGAAAUAGUGAAAAGUUUUGUUGCCCGGAACAAAGUGUUACACAACCAAAUUCACUCAAGCCGUCAAGUGACGCUGUUGACCCACAACUGAAGAAGUGUCAGACCCCCGCUGGUAAACAGGGCGAUUGUAAGCCAAUUAGAGAAUGUCCUCCAUUGUUCAGCUUGCUUGCGAGAUAUACAGAAAUGGACCAAAUUCAAUUAACUAAAAGUAAAUGUGGUGGAAAUGAAGGUGUAUGUUGUCCCACGGAGACUUCACCUCCGCAGCCGCCGUACAAGACAUUAACACGAACAUUAGUCUUCCCCGAGAGUCAGUGCCAAACUACAAACGGAUUGUCUGGAAUAUGUAAAUUUAGAAAAGACUGCGGUCUUAUUAAUACACGGAUUAGCGAUAAUUCUCGAGAAAAUAACGAUUGUGGCUCUGUUAAUGGAGAGUUGCAGAUAUGUUGUCCGGUAAAAAUGAUAGGAAAUGACUUGCAAUUCCCAAUCCCAGCAACGACGACAACAAGCGUGCCAAUAACGACACCACCUACGAGAAUACCCACCUUUCCAGAAAACUUUUGCAAAACUCCAUUACAAGAAAAUGGAACCUGUGUAUCCAUCAUGGAAUGCGACUCAUUACGAAGGCUCGAAACAAAGCAGCCAAGGACAUAUAUGGAAAAUAUGUAUUUGGAAAAAAGUAUCUGUGCAAACUAUGCGGAACGAAAGGUGUGUUGCCCAAUUUCCGAAGCCAGACAAAGAACAACUACGACGUCAACACAACGACCAACACCAGCGAUCCCAAUAACAAAUAGACCAACAACCGCUGCAGAGCCAAAAAGUACACCACCAACCCCAGAAGGUGGCGGACAAUGGAUAAACGAUCCGAAAUGCGGACGAAUUGCACCGGAGAAUAGAAUUUAUGGUGGACGCAUUGCCAGUAUAGACGAAUUUCCCUGGACAGCAAGGCUGAUAUACAUUAGCAACGACAAUGACGUAGAUUAUUCUUGCGGAGGCUCACUGAUCAACAAAGAUUUCGUGCUUACUGCCGCGCAUUGUGUACACAAAUCCAAUGUGGAAUCGAAAUGGUUUUUUAAAGGUGUCCGUUUGGGCGAAUGGAAUACUACAACAGAUGUGGAUUGUGAUAUUGAUUGCGCACCGCCUCAUAGCGAUAUAGACUGUCCGGAAAUAAUUAUUCAUGAUAAAUAUAAUCCCAACACUUAUAAAAACGACAUAGCCUUGUUGCGUUUGGAGAAGAGUGUCUCUCCAACAAAAUUUAUUCAACCAGUUUGUCUCCCAUCGAAGAGCAGUCAAACAAGAAAUUACCAGAAUGAAGAAGUGGAGGUUGCUGGUUGGGGAAAAACUGAAACUAGUGAACAUAGCGAGGUGAAAAUGAAAGCAACUUUAAGAGUGUUGAAUUCCACCAUAUGCGAUACGAAGUUUAGAAGAAGUGUAAACGUAAUAUGCGCACAAGGUGACAAGGGAUCAGACAGUUGUGGUGGCGAUUCCGGUGGACCUCUCAUGUACAAGGAUAAGAAAAACCUUAAAAUUUAUUUAAUUGGCGUAGUUUCAUCCGGCACUGGUGAGAAGUGCGGUGCAGCCAACACAAUCGGUGUUUAUACGAACGUCUCUGCUCAUAUGGACUGGAUAGUAAAAAAGACCGCUUAGCAACAUUUCCUGCGUUUUGUAGUUGAAGCUUGUCAACAGAAAUUUUUAGACUACUAUCAUAUCUACUCAUUAUUAUUGGAAGCUUCUUGGUCUCGUUUUCGGUUAAGACAUAUUUUUGGAACUUGCAUUGAGACUUAUUUUUUGGUUUUCAAUUAAAAAUAAAGCUAAAACAAUAUUAAAAAAAAAAUUGAAAUGAGUUUUAUAAGGCCUGUGCAUUUACGCAUUGGUCGUUUCACAUGAAAUGUCGCUGCUGUAAGUGAAAGUGUAAGCGGAGACCCGAAUGUGUCUAGUACUCGACGUUCUCAAGGGAUGAGACUUUCUUAAGGAACAUAAUGGUGAAUUUUCCACUUGGACUUACACCUACGUCUAUAUAAAGUCCACACCACAACUGAGAUCAGUUGAUCAUUCACAAGGUCGUACAUACGUCGAUUGGGUGCUCGAAAAAAAAAACAG